AUGGCCGUCACCACUCUACCUUCCCGAAGCGUGAGUGAGAUCAGCGAUGUCUUUAAAGCGAAGAAAUCGUCCGCGCGGAUUGAGUUUACUCAAGACGUGACCUCUGACGUGAGGGAGCUGAACGUUGCCCUGUUGCAAGCAGUAGAGAGCGGGAAGUUGAAGACUGUGGCUUCUCUCGUACACCCAAAGAAGGAGUCCGCCCUCUGCGCCAACGCCAAUGCAACCAACGAGGACGGUUGGAGCGCUCUUCACAUGGCGGCCGGGCAAGGUUCGGUGAAGAUCGUGAAGUGCCUCUUACAAUAUGGAGCGGAUCCUAACAUAGCGAACAUGGUAGGAAUGCGGCCACUGCAUGUGGCGUGUAGGGAUGAUCAAUUGGAGGUCGUCAAGUGCCUGGUUGGUCACGGUGCUGUCAUCGAGUGCUGUGCUAGCGGAGGAUGGACUCCUUUACAUUUCGCUGCUUUCAAUGGUCAUGUGGCGAUCGCCAAAUAUUUGCUCGAGAACGGAGCCGAUCCAAAUGCCCAAAGCACGGUUAGUGCUCACCUCUAG